AUGUCCAACGUCUUUACAUUUAUUAGAAGCGGCGCUUUCACAAAAUGUGCAAACGUCUACCAGGGAUCGUUCUCGUCUAGCUCGGAGGUCGAGGGCAUGCAGCCAACGUACGAAAUAACUAUCCGUGGUCAUGAACUGGGCGUAACAUCGGCAGCAUCGGGUGAAAAGCCAAUCAUUACUGGUCGGCUUGAGGGUCUUACAAAGCGGCGGGGGAAGGUGUACGGGUCGCAUGCAAUUGCAGUCAUCGAAAAAACUACGGCUUUUAGACAGGGGUGGACAAUCCACGACUUUGACGGCAACGAGUACAAGUGGAAGGUUGGGAGCUUUUCAAAGUGCUCGUGGGAGCUCUACGACAUGAACAAGAAAAUCGUCGCGACCUUUGACCGGACCAAAUCGUCCACACUUCAGUAA